AUGAUCCAAGCUACCCAAUUAGGGGCUUAUCAAGUGGCAUCACAAGCCUCGUUCAAAAUAGAGGCCAGAACGGAUGAAAACAUCACUGCUAUGACGGCCUGGACGAGAUCAAAAGGGUCUGUUUCCGACGACCCUGCAUCGGUGUUCCCAGAACCAACAAAGAAGAAGAAACAGACAGCCAUAGCAGGACAGGUGUUCGGCAUGGAAAAAGUACUAGAUCGCAUGAAGGAGAGGUUCCAAAUUCAAAUCCAGGACCAACUGGGCCAGUUUAAACGCGAAUUUGACCAAAAAUUCAAGGCUCUGUCGCUGUCGAGGAAUGAAGUCCAAGUAGGGGAAGUCAUCGGUCGAGAGAACCCAGUUGGCAAUCCAAUGUUGCUGAAUUGA